AUGGUUGAUUCUUCUACCAUGGCUGAGAAUCUGUACAUCUCAAGUAUUCUUCAUAAAACUUGCAUUGAGGUGGAUGAAGAAGGAACUGAAGCUGCAGCCAUUUCUGUUGCAUUCAUAGUGACAUGCUCAGCAUAUGAAUCAAGAAAACCAGAUUUCAUAGCUGACCAUCCAUUUCUGUUCGUGGUGAGAGAAGACAAGAGUGGAGUGGUUGUGUUCAUGGGUCAAGUUCUUGAUCCUUCAAAACAUUGA